AGCUGCACCACCACCAUCACCACCAUUUGCAUGAUCUCACUUCCAAGCUUCAUUCCAAUAUUCAUUCCUCUGUUUCACAACAAAAACCAAUGAAGAUUUUCUCAGUUCCAGUUGAGGAAGGAAGGGAAGGCCAGGAUGGCAAGCCUUCAGUUGGUCCGGUGUACCGUAAUUUACUCUCCCAAAAUGCUUUUCCCCCACCUGAUCGCCAAAUAAGUUCAUCUUGGGACCUUUUCAGUCAAUCUGUUCAGAAGUAUCCUGGAAAUCGGAUGCUUGGAUGGCGUAAAAUUGUUGGUGGGAAGCCAGGGCCUUACAUUUGGAAAACAUACAAGGAGGUUUAUGAGGAAGUUCUGUGUGUUGGUUCUGCGUUACGAUUAUCCGGUGUUGAACCAGGCUCCCGGAUUGGGAUUUAUGGCUCAAAUUGCCCCCAAUGGAUUAUGGCAAUGGAGGCUUGCAAUGCUCACAGUUUGAUUUGUGUGCCUCUCUACGAUACCCUUGGUCCGGGAGCUGUAAAUUAUAUUGUAGAUCAUGCAGAGGUUGAGGUUGUUUUCAUCCAAGAUAAGAAAGUGAAAGAACUAUUGAACCCGGAUUGUAGAUCUCUUCAACGACUAAAAGUUAUGGUUUGCUUCACUUCAUUGACAGAGGAAGAGAAGGAAAAUGCAGUGCAGCUUGGGAUAAAACCAUACUCAUGGAACGAGUUCAUUGAGAUGGGUAAACAAAAUCCGUCAGAGAUUCUUCCACCCAAGACUGAAAAUAUCUGCGCAAUUAUGUACACAAGCGGUACCAGUGGAGAUCCCAAAGGUGUUGUGAUAACACAUGAAAAUGUUGCAUAUGGUGUGAGAGGGAUUGACCUUUUUAUGGAACAAUUUGAAGACAAGAUGACAGCGGAUGAUGUGUAUCUAUCUUUCCUUCCCCUGGCUCAUAUCCUGGAUCGCGUGAUUGAGGAGUAUUUUUUCCGAAAUGGUGCUUCUGUUGGCUACUAUCAUGGGGAUCUUAAUGCAUUGAAGGAUGAUAUGAUGGAGUUAAAGCCAACACUUCUUGCUGGGGUGCCUAGAGUUUUUGAAAAAAUACAUGAAGGUAUAAAGAAAGCAGUGUUAGAGCUCAAUCCCAGAAGAAGGAAGAUUUUUGACAUUCUCUACAGAUACAAACUUGCUUGGAUGAAUAUGGGGUAUAAGAACAAAAAUGCAUCACCAUUAGCAGAUCUGUUAGCCUUCAGGAAGAUCAAAGCUAGGCUGGGCGGUCGGCUUCGACUUAUAAUUUCGGGAGGUGCACCCUUGAGCUCUGAGAUUGAAGAAUUCUUGCGGGUUACUUGCUGUGCUUUUGUAGUCCAAGGCUAUGGGUUGACCGAAACUUGUGGACCGACUACUCUUGGCUUUCCGGAUGAAAUGUGCAUGAUUGGAGCUGUUGGUUCUGUAAGUGUAUACAAUGAGCUGCGCCUGGAUGAGGUUCCAGAUAUGGGCUACAAUCCACUUGGGAAUCCUCCUUGUGGUGAGAUAUGUCUGAGAGGGAAGACUGUUUUUUCCGGCUACUACAAAAGUCCUGAAUUGACAAGAGAAGCCAUAAAAGAUGGCUGGUUCCAUACAGGGGACAUAGGUGAAAUACUUCCAAAUGGAACCAUCAAGGUGAUUGAUAGGAAAAAGAAUCUCAUUAAGCUAUCCCAAGGAGAGUAUGUUGCACUUGAGUAUUUGGAAAAUGUUUAUGGUAUUGCUUCUAUUAUUGAAGAUAUAUGGGUUUACGGAAACAGCUUCAAGUCCAUGCUUGUUGCAGUGGUGGUACCAGAAGAAGACACUACCAAGAAAUGGGCUUAUUUAAAUGGUCACAUGGGUUCAUUUUCUGAUAUUUGUUCUCUUGAUCAGCUAAAGAAUCAUAUCAUGGCCGAGCUUAAGUUAACAGCUGAGAGAAACAAGCUGCGUGGCUUUGAACACAUCAAAGGAGUCAUUGUAGAACCUCGCCCCCUUGACAUGGAAAGAGACUUGGUGACUGCAACUAUGAAAAAGAAAAGACAUCAACUGCUCAAGUAUUACAAGGUUGAAAUUGAUCAACUCUACCAAACUCUGGAUGGACGAAAAUGCUCUUGAGCCAUUACCAGUAUAAGAUGUUAAAUUGUAUGAGGAAGCUCCAUUAUGUUUAUGCAUUAUAUAUGUAUGUAUACCAAACUGAGAGCACUUUACUGAAUCGCUGAUAGUAAUCGAGUUGUGUUGUAGCAAUAUUUGAAUUCCCAGUUACAAUAUUCAGUUUUUAGGCUGUCAAUGAGCAUUGAACAGAAUGCAUGAAAUGAAACAUGCAUUCCUUUAGUUUAGGGUUUAGGGGUUGGGAAGAAGUCAUCCAAACGGUUCACACCGAUCAAAUCAAAACAAUAUGAACAGUUUGGUUCGGUUUUUCCACUCAAAAAA